GGCGGUGUGGGCUAGGGAUGCUCUGAUUGGUGGAGACGCGCAGAGAGGCUGAGAGGCUGUCAGUUGGGCAGGAUGUCGGCGAGGAGGCGCAUCGGAGACCCUGAGCUUUUGACCAAAAGGAUCCCACAGAAUCCUAAAUACCAGCAUGUAAAAACUCGCCUUGACACAGGUAGCAGUAUGACCAAAUACACUGAAAAACUUGAAGAGAUCAAGAAAAAAGGUGAUGCCACUCCCGCCGAAAAUAAUGUGGACGCUGAAGCAGAGACCAACGGCAAAAGCAGCCCUGGUGAGAAACCAGCCAGUCCCAUCCUCUUCAUCAACAACACCGGUGCGGGGGAAUCCUAUCGCUCCACCUUACAGAGUGUGAUCAGCGGUGUAGGUGAGCUGGACCUGGGGAAAGAUUCCCCAAAGAAGACUGAGGCGUUUGCAAAAGAUGGGCCUUACCCUGACUGCCCCUUCCUGCUGCUGGACGUGCGAGAGCGGGAUGCCUAUGACCAGUGUCACAUAGUGGGAGCAUACUCCUACCCCAUUGCCACACUCUCCAGGACCAUGAAUCCCUAUACGAAUGACGUUUUGGAAUACAAAAAUGCUCAUGGAAAGAUCAUCAUCCUCUACGACGAUGACGAGAGAGUGGCCAGCCAGGCGGCCACCACCAUGUGCGAAAGGGGCUUUGAGAACUUAUUCAUGCUCUCUGGAGGUAAGACAGGCUGGGAUAGUCCUGGGAAUUUCCUGCUUCCCUUUUCAGAAUCGACUUCUUGCUUUGAUCAAACCACAGGAGGUUAA